CUGGGCUCAGUGUCAAGUGUGACGUCCGCAGUUCACGGUACAUCUACCAUUCCUUCAAUACUUCAACGCUAGCGUAAAUACGUGCAAGUCACCUCACCAACUUCCAAGAUGAAAGCAGUUCUGUUAUUGGGAUGUUGCCUGGUUAUGGCAUAUGCAAAGCCGGUGGAGGUUGUUGAACCCAAACCUAGCGCUCCAGUUGUGAACGCCGAUGCCGCGAAUGUGGCAAGCAAGGAGGAGGCCAAGCCCGUUGAAGCCAAACCCGCAGAGGUUGUAGCAGCGGUACCUGAGAAGAAGCCAGCGGAGGAGGUCAAAGCGGAGGUGCCGAAGGAGGAAGCCAAGCCCGCCAAGCAGGAGGAAGCACAGCCUGCCAAAGAGGAUGCCAAGCCACAGCAGGCCGAGGCGGUCAAGGAGGCACAGCCCGCACAACAGCCAGCGCAGCCUGCGCAACUGCAAGCGGCCCCGGCUGAGACCCCUGCUGUAGCCCAAGCCGCCGCCGCCGUCGAACCGCAAGCCGACGCCAAGCCCGCCAAAGCAGAAGAGGUCAGCGCAGCCCAAGUAGCCCAGGAGCCCAAGCCUGCCGAGGAGGCCAAGAAGGACGAAAAGGAAACCGUUGCCCCUCAACCAACCAACGUAUCUGAACAGAAAGCGGAAGCACCAGCUGCAGUAAAGGAGGAAGCCAAAGCUGCUGCCGAAGCCCCUGCUGCCGACCUGAAGAAGGAGGAACCAGCCAAGGUAGAGGCCGCCGAGGCACCCGCCCCGGUCAAGGCCGCUCCCGCAGAGGCCAAGAAGGACCAGCCCCAGGCCGAGCAGGUAGCCAAGCUUGUCGAGCCUGCCAAGGAGGCAGUGAAGGCCGAAGCUGUCAACGAACCCGCUGCCCCGGUCAUCCCUCCUCUGGCAGCCGCUGAACAGUCAGCAGCCAAGCCUGUGGAAGAGAAGAAAGAAGAAGCCCCGAAGAAGGAAAAUAUUCAAGCAUCCAGCGAGGAACAGCCCAAAGCUGAUGAAGCAAAAGUAGCAGAGAAGACAGAAGCAGUGACCGAAAAGAGGUCGAGGCGUGAAGCAGCUAAGGGCGUCAAGGAUGAGAAGAAGCCGACGGAUCUGAAGAAAGACGAACUGAUCAAGAAGGACGAGAAGAAACCCAAGGUCUGAAGUAGAGGACAGUGAUAAAGUUUAAAUUAAUUUAAAAAAGAGGGGAAAGUUGCUGUUCCCUUCCUGCCCUAUGAGAGGUCCCACUAACGGGACGUCUCCUAGCGAGGUCGGGAACCCAGGCUGAUCUGUGUCCUAGUGUCCUAACAUCUCAUCGCCUCACUUCCCAACACACCUCAAAACACUUAGUGGUCAACACUGUGUAUCUCAAUUGUAUUUAAUUCCUUACUUAUUAUAAUUAAUAUUAUUAGAAAUAAAACGUUCUGAUUUUUGUAUACAAAAUUAAAUAGUGGUUUUUAUU